AAAGCGAGUUUACCUCAGUGUGGAUUUCUCCGUGCAACGUAGUGUAGGUAAAACUUAACAGUUCAAGAGUAACAGGUAAACAUAUAUUUAUACUGAUAUACUUUGGAUUCCCCCCAAAGGAGUAAGAGAGUAAGGUGUGUGAGAUGAGUGCACCGGUGUAUGUCUCUGAUGAGGAGGAGUGUGUGCUGGAGUCAACAGCGGCUGACCUGGGCAGUCGCACACAUGCCAGACGCUUCCAGGCUCCAAUAACAGAGCUGUCAGUCAUCGGCCCUGCAGAAACACACAUGCAGCAGGUUAACAAAGGCGAGCGGGUGGAGGAGAAGCUGCAGGUGUUUCUGCGUGUUCGGCCUCUUACAGAUGCAGAGCGACAGCGUGGAGAAAAUCAGGGCUCGGUGUGUGUGCAGAGUGAAGAUACACUCCUUCUGAAGGCCCCUAAAGACUCACACAGCAUGAAGAAUGCAGAGAGAGGAGUGUCCCAGAGUGUACACAAGUUUAUCUUCACACGGAUUUUUAGGGAAACAGCAUCUCAGCAGGAUGUGUAUGAACAGAUGAUGAAAGAGAUGGUGCGGGACGUCCUUCAGGGAGAAAACAGACUUCUGUACACAUAUGGAGUUACAAACUCGGGCAAGACCUACACCAUUCAGGGCUCUGCAGGUGAAGCCGGUCUCCUACCCCGAGCCUUAGUCUCUGUGUUCAGUACACUGGCUGGACAACUUUACCCCCGAGCCAACCUGAAGCCCAUUCUCAAGCAGGAGGUUCGCCAACUUAGCGAUGCAGAGGUCCGCACCGAGGAGGAAAGACGUUAUGCUCUGCUGAGAGAGGAGGAGAUGUGUAAACAACGUGGGGGUGUUAAUGCAAGUGUUAGUUGGGACAGUGGGAUCAGUGGACUCUCAGCCAUCACACGACUGGAAGAUUCAGACGGUGUGUGUUUGGACAUCGAUGGAAUAGGACUCUGUGAUGUCACUGUGGAUAAAACAGUGCAGUUCAGCAUCUGGGUUUCCUUUUAUGAGAUUUAUAACGAGUUUGUUUAUGAUUUGCUGGAGCCACCCACAUGUCUGCAGACACAGAAGAGGAAUACCCUGAGACUAAGCGACGACAAGCACGGCAACGUCUAUGUCAAAGAUCUGACUUGGGUGAAUGUACGCAGUGCUGAUGAGGCAUGGCGAGUGCUCACUGUAGGGCGGAACAAUCAGAGCUUUGCCAGCACACAUCUCAACCACAACUCCAGUCGCAGUCACAGCGUGUUUACUGUACGAGUGCUGCAUCUCCAGCCAGAGGGGGGCGCUACACACAUCAGCGAGUUGUGUGUGUGUGACCUGGCCGGCUCUGAGCGCUGUAAAGAUCAGCAGAACGGAGAACGGAUGAAGGAGGCAAACAACAUCAACACUUCUUUGCUCACACUGGGACGCUGCAUCAACGCAAUGAGACACAAUCAGACGUACAGGCAGCGUCCAGCGCAGGUUGUUCCUUUCCGAGACAGUAAACUAACCCGAGUACUGCAGACUUUCUUCUCCGGACUCGGCCGCGCCUGCAUGAUGGUCAACAUUAAUUCCUGCAGUUCUAGUUAUGAUGAGACACUGCACGCCCUCAAGUUCUCUGCCAUUGCCACACAGCUGGUCCAUGGUCCUGCCUCUAAGAGCCGUGUGGCCUACAUUCUCUCCUUGCUGCGGGAUGACCCCGCCCAUGUGGACCAUACCUUGAUAGAGGAAGAUGAGGAGGAGGAGACUGAUGAAGAGGAAGAUGUUAGCAUGUUUCAGCCUGAGGCUCUGUUAAAGGCGAUCAAUGUGCUAAAGCGAGAGGUUCUGCGUCAGCGGCAGGAGAAAGAUGAGCUGGAGCUAAAGAUCAGAGACCAGGUGUGUACAGAGAUGAUGGAGGUCAUCAACCGCAUGCAGCACGACUUCAGCGAGACAAUGGAGAGCGAAAGAGAACUCAUGGAGAAUCGGUGCGAGAACAAAAUCAACAACCUGAAGAGCAGCUUAAAGAAAUACUACAGUCAGCAGCUGGAGGAGCAAGAUGAGCAGAUCCAAGAGCUCAGUGAAGCACUGAGAGAAAUGGAGGGAAGAAGCACAGCUCCUAUGUUUCCUUCUCUGGUGGAGUGUGAUGGACCGCGGCGAUCUCAACGCUUAGCUUCGUCACACAAACACAGCGACCAGCAAGAACAUGCGGAGCUGGAGCACACAAAAGCCGAUCUAGCACAAGUUAAAGCUGAGCUGGAGCAGUGCAGAGCUGAGCUUGAUCUCAAACAAACCGAGCUUACGCUCAAAACACUUGAGCUAAAGCGGUUUCAGGAUCAUCCAGGAGCCUCAAGCCUGACUGCGACUGCAGAGCGCAAGCUCAUUGAUGGACAGAAGACUCUGAGGCAGUUGCGUGCUGAUCUGCGCGCACUGGUGUUGAAGCUCCAGUCUGGAGAGCGAGCGUGCUGUCAUUAUACAGACGGAGAGAAACUUCGCACAGCCCUCAACACUGCCGACUCAACACUCCUCAAACAGGAUCAGAUGCUGAUGGAUCUUCACUCAACUAUGCAGCUCCUUAAAGCUCAGCUCCACCGUAAAGAUGAGACUCUGUCAGAUCUUAAGCGACCUUUCACUACUACUACCCCUGUCACCCCUGCAACCUCCAGCUCCUGCACUAGACGGGGCUGCGGGGUUGCCGUGGCAAUGGUGGAGAACCAACCGCCUGGGAAACGAGCUUUCCUGCGGCUCUUUACGCCAUCACGUAGCAGCAAAAUGAGAGAGAAGCCAGAAACCACGACACCGUAUGCCCGCAUACUGCGCUCACGCCAACCCUCUCCCCCACCCAGCCCCGCCCUCGCACGCCGGGGCAGGUUCUAACCACACCCACUUGACUUCUGACUCUUCUCACAUUUACUGUGUUAACGUCAGCACGUUGUUUCUGUUACUUCCCAACUCUAGUCCCAUUGUGCUUUUUUUUCAGCUUGCUUAACACUGAUAUUAAUCUAUAACACCAAAUCUCACCACUCAGCUAUUUACUAUAAUACUUUCUGGGUCGAAGAUGGUGUGUUGGAAGCAGGGACACUAAAAUAUGCAGGACCGGGGCAUCUCCGGGACCAGGGUUGGGAACCUGUGCUGUAAUUCAAGAUGCUUAAUUAAGCAAGCCUAACGGAUUACACAGCAGCUUCUCCUCACUUUAUACUCUCACAUCACAACAUUUUCUUAAAGAACUACUCGUUAACGGCUCUUUAUUGUAAUACCCAUCAUGCUUUUUUUUUUUGCAAAAGUAUUACAUAAUGUAAUACUGUGUGUAUAUAUAAUAUUGGUUUAUUAUAUAAUAGUAGUACAAUUAAAGAAAUAGUAUUUUUUUAAAAAUAUAAUACAACUACAUUUUGGAUCUUUGUAACAGUUCAUUUGGGAGAUAACGAAUGCAGUGUUAAUUAUGUGAAUGAGCUGUGAUGAACACUAGUCACGAGUCAGUAAACGUAAAGUUCGGAAGUGAAAGUUUAUUCCAAAUAUUUGAUUGGAUGUUUUCUCCAGAGGAAAUUUUUUUUAAUAACGUUUAAAGCUUUAAUAACGCAGUUUGUACAGUUGUGUGUAUGCACCUUGUUGCACAGAGGCAUUUAUUCUUUUUAUAUUUACACUGUAAUAUUGAAAUGGCCAGUGUGUUUAUACUGAUAGUCAUGUGUGUGAUGUGAUUUUAGAGACUGGUCAUGUAUUUACAUGUUCAUGUAAUAAGUCUGUCUUCAAAUCUAUAUGCUGUUAAUUACACACUUUUCACAUCCACACUGUUAUGGAGUGAAUAAAACACAUUCGCUGAUACA